AUGACCGCAACAACAAGCUUUGCAACUACCGGCCGCCUCCAGGUACUUCGGGAUCCAGUUGACACUUCUCAGGAUAGUCUCGACAUUGUCCUCGUUCCUGGCAUUGGAACUAUCUCACCGGAGAACUGGCCGUUUGCUAACAAAGAAUGGCUCGCCACCCUACCUGGCUUUGGUUCUGGAGCACGCAUCCUCGCGUAUGAAUAUGCUUCACCAUUUACGGGCAACAAGCCUUCGUGGGAAUCGAUUUUGAUGAUUGGUUACGACUUUCUUCAAACUUUGAGUGCUGUGCGAUCCCAAUCAGACUCGAAUGUGGCCAGCAAAAAGCCAAUCCUGAUAGUCUGCCACAGCUUAGGUGGCAUUAUAGUCAAACAAGCAUUGUGCAUCGCUAACAAACAGUUUCCUCGGCAUGGAACAAUGGUCAACGCUAUAGCUGGUGUCAUCCUCAUAAGCACUCCGCAUCGCUAUGGCGACAAGGCCACAAACUUGACACGGUUCCGGGACGUCUUCGAAGCAACGACCGGUAGGAACCUGAAGAUUCCAAAUCCCAAUAUUGAGCAAGAAGGCGCCGUUCUGCUCGACCUCGCAGAUAGAUUCGAAGGAAUCUCGUUUCGUACGCCCAUACUAUCCGUCUAUGAACUGAGAGAAUCAAAAAAUAGUUCAGCGUCAUUGCGUCAAAAAUACCAACAAUUGGUUAACCGUGAAGCUUGUUCAACUCAUGCCCCGAUGGAAACAGUCAUUGGCCUCAACCUCGAUCACCACGAUACAUGUCUUUUUACCCAAAGCGUUGGCGGUGAAGGGUUACCAGAGUUCAACAAGUUUAUCUACGAGACUCUGCAUGAUGCUGGACACCUUGUUGCUCUUCGACUCGAGGAUCAGGAAUAUCAAUACGCAACGAUGAGUGCUUACUCGCCCACGAUGAGUGAACCACCACACAAAUUUGAGCAAGUGGGGCUUACUGAACGGCCACCAACCAAAGCAACAGAAUGGCCUUCGCAAAGGGCAACAGAAGGAACAUCUCUUUCGGGGUUCGACGCAGUAUACCCUACAACACCAAACACUGAGGUUUGGAAAACUCUUCAAUUACCAUGCUUCCUUCUCAGUACGCAUUCGGCAAACGAGGAUUUCUGCGGCCGAGAAGAUAUCUUAGAGCGUCUUGCCACCGAGCUCCUGCCUUCAAAAAACGUAGUGGCAGCUUCGGGCAACGCUCUGCGACAAUUUGCACUUUGCGGAUUUGGUGGAAUUGGGAAAACGGAAAUAGCCCGCGAAUUUUGCCGGCGCCACAGAACUUCAUUUGAUGCAGUCUUCUGGGUCAUGGCGGAUGAGAUUGCGAAGCUUGACUACCACUACCAGCAGAUAUCAUUGGCAUUAGGUCUCGAAGAUUCAUCCGAAUGCAAGAGUCAAGUUGUCAGCAGGGAAAUUGUGAAAGGAUGGCUGUCUAAUCCUCGAAAGCAUCUAUCGGGGUCGGAUGAGUUUAUUCAACCCGGUCAAGCUAGAUCGGAGGCGACCUGGCUGCUCAUCUUCGACAAUGCGGAUGAUCCGAUGAUUCUAGCAGACUACUGGCCCCAAGGCAGUGGAUCAAUUCUUGUCACUAGCCGUGAUCCGUUGACUAAGAGUAUGUUUACGAGAAAGCCUUCAGGCUUGGAUCUCGGUCCACUUUCACAGCAAGACAGCCUAUGCCUCUUCAGCCACCUCACCACUAUUUCCAAUGGGCCAGAGGGCGAUAUAGCACGACAAAUUUCCGAUGCGCUUGGUGGCGUCCCUUUGGCAAUCUCUCAGAUGGCGGGUAUCAUUCGUAGACAGGACCUCACCUUGUCAGAAUUUUUUGAGUUGUAUAAGGAUCAUGAAGAACAUGCUAGUCUCUAUGAGACAAAGUUUGACACAAAUCUGGUCACAUAUCGUCACUCUCUCUCCACUGUUUGGGCAAUUGGAAAGCUGAAGCCUCAAGCGCGACAGCUUUUGGAGCUAAUUUCAUUCUUUGAUCCAGACGUUAUUGGGGAAGACUUGUUGAUGGGAGCAUCGAUGGACCUGCUUUCUGAGGGCGCAAAAUUCAGAAGAAGUAACUACAUUGAGGCUCGAACUGAUCUCUUACAGUCAUCUCUGGUCCAAAGAGAUAAACAAAAGCAGCAAAUAUCGGUCCAUCGCAUCGUACAAGGUGUCAUCUUGGCAACAAUGGAUGCUGGGAAGAAACGGUUGAUGUUUAAUCACAUUGUACGAAUUCUUUGGGCGGAUUGGCCAUCGGCUAUGCCUAAACCAUCAAAGAAGCCAGAGUUACCUCAGCCCAAAUCAACCGGCGGUAGGCUGUAUGUUGGAAGGUGGCCUGUUUGUGCGGCAAUUUACCCGCACGUACUAAAGAUACACCAGCUCUGGCCAGCCAUCUCGGAUCCGGCCGAGGCCACAAGUUUGCUUUUUGCAAAGUUAUUAAAUGAAGCUGCAUGGUACCAAAAAGAGCGUGGACGAACAAAGAACUUUGAUGGCUUCUUUGAAACUGCUCGCAAUAUCUGCGAGUCUUCAAAACACGCUGAUCGGGAUCCCUUGCUUGCGGAUAUCUACUUCUGCUUAGGAGCUAUCGCCAUGGAUGCAAGCGAUUUCGAUACAAGCCGCGUCAAUAAGGAACGUUCUCUCGAUCUAGUUUCCAAGAUUUGCAAAGAGCUGGGUACUGAGGACGAGAGAUUAUACCUUGCCUACGCAGAGCGAGGAAUCUCACGCAUUCAAGACAAACGUUAUGGAGAAGGUGAAGCCGAUCUCAAGGAAGCGCUGCAGAUGCGCAAAGCUCUCGGCAACUACGUUCCCCGGUCGGGUGAGGCCAACCUGAGCUGGUCUCUUCUUGCGCAGGGAAAGCUUGAAGAGUGCAACACGCUUCUUCUAGAUAGUUUGGAGGGCAGGGAAAAAGCUCUGGGCAAAGAUGAUAGGGAGUCUGUCCGGACCGGACUGAUUCUGUACGCAAUUGGCAACCUCCGUGCUGCGCAAAACCAAUGGGAUGAGAGUUUCCAAUACCACCAGAGAGCAUGGCAUCACAUGCGCGCGACGGUGGGCGAGAGAGACUUUUAUACUGCAAAUGUCGCUCACAAGAUUGCCGAGCAUCUAAUCAGGUCAGAUCGCAACGACGAAGCGAUUGCUAUGAUCAACGGGGCGCUCGACAUCUGGUCUGUAGAUCCGAAUGCACACAAAAACGAGAUUGCUCGCACUACUUUCCUUAAAGGCAAGCUGUUGGCGGCGAUGGGCAAGAUGCAAAAAGCUUCCAUUGCUUUGAAAGUUGCCUGCCGCUUGAGAAAGGAGAUUACCAAGGAGGAUCGAGAUGUCAAUAGUUUGAUGACGGAAGACUUCGACGAGAUUGUUGCAUUUUGGGCUCGUUGA